AUGCUUUAUACCACGACUUGCAUGGGUAUAAAACGUUUUUGCAAAAGGAAACGUACUAUAAAGCAGGUUAAAUCAUUAUCAUCAGAAAAAAGGAGAUAUUCAGUACAGAAUGCAUCCGGAUCUGGAGCCCUUCCUCCAAGAAACAGUCCACGUGCAACACCAUAUUUAAAUACCCCAGUUACAUCAGCUGGACCAAUACCUGUAUCAUCGACAAUUCCAAGAGCAUCGAUCGCAUGUAUCCCACUGAGUGUUCAGGCUCAAAUUCAACAAAACCAAGCAAUUAAAUCUGAACAACCUUCUAUUGCAAAAUCUACACCAUCACCUUUGACAAAAACUUUUGUUACACCUCAAGUAACACCCAGAGCAUCUAUAAGCAAAGUUUCUGAAUCAGAUAUAGAACAUACUAAAAAACUUAAUCGUCUACCAAAAUCUUUUCAAUGUGAUUGUUGUCAACAUGUUACUGUGACCAGAAUAACAUAUCAUGUUGGUGUUUUAACAUGGCUUAUGGCAGUGUUAAUUUUUUUAUGUGGUGGCGUUCUAGGCUGUUUUCUGAUACCAUUCUUUACAAAUUGUUGUAAAGAUGUUAAACAUGAAUGUCCAUUCUGUGGUACAGAAAUUGGUAUGGUUAAAUGUAUCUAA